CAAUCUUCAUCUUUAUCCAUCUUCAUCUUUCCCUCUCCUUCUCCUCGGCCUGGGGGAAUUGAUUGUCUACUUGUCCUGCUCCCCAAUGUCAUAGACUACUCCUACUCGAGUGUGUCUUUCCUUUUGCUCGUUUCCAUCCAUACUUGAUAUAGUCUACAUCCACCACGUCUCUCCUUUCUCCCUCACACCUCCCCUAACUUCCUCUCUCUUUUUACCCGAAACUCCCUCCCCUCCACACCUCUUCUUCAAACUGACUGGUGUAACGCAUCUCGCGUCAGCCACCAAUUGCUUCUUCCCCGCGCUUCCCCAGCAUCCUCGCAUUUCUGCUGGAAAGACAAUCGCUCUUUGCUUUUCCCUUCAUAUAAUUAUCUGCAGCUCUUCUGGAUCCUGCUGUUGUGAGACCCAGGAACGAACUUACUGCUUACCUGGGCUGGUCCUCUAAUACUGCAGAAGUCCUCCAAUCGCUUUGAUCGCUAUUCCUCCGACGUGCUGCUCCUCGCCCGAUCCGGCGCUGAUUCCCCCCCUCCUCCUCUCUCGCCGGUGUGCCUUUCCCCUCUCAGUCGGGACGCCCUUGCUUUUUUUCUUUGCUCGCCUUGCCUGUGAUUUCUUAUUCCCGCCAUGCCGACCUCCAACACUUCUUCCCCAGUUAAGCGCCCGGGGCUGGGCCGCCGCGCUGUUUCCUCUCACGCGGUCGUCACGCGCUCCUCCUCCUCAACUACCACCACCACCCAAGGCGAGCUGUCUCACUCUCACUCCUCCAACCCUCAGAAGCUUCCUCAUCGUCCCCAUCGCCCCCAUCUGGUUGGCGGUGGUCAUCGCAAUCACCACCGCAAUCCUUCCUUCGGAAAGAACCUGAACAAGCUACAAAGACACCAGUCCUCCCACCAGAUCGGUACCACCACGGAAGGUUCCGCUCGCGUGCAUCAGCGCAAGAAGUCCGCACCCGCAACACCCGCUGCAAGCCCCCGGGGGCAUCACGUCCGCUGGGAUGGGGUGUUGGACGAACCACACCGCAGCACCGGUUCGAUGAAAAAGAACUACUCGAGCCCGGCUCUCCGACGCAAUACUUCGGCUGUUCUGGGGAAGAAAGCUCUAGUGACCGACCGCCCUCACACGAGUUCUGGGAAAAAGAAGACCGUGGGCUUUGAGCUGGCGGAUUCCGACAACGACGACGCUGACUGGGAAGACACCACUCAGUCACCUGAAAGUACCCGGCGCAGCUCGGUCGCACAGUCGAAGGAGAGUGUGGAGAAUCCUGCCGUGCUGGUGGACCCCCUUACUUUCGUCAAACGCUCCUACCCACAAUUUCCUCGAGCAACCAGUCUUCCAGAGUCAACCAGCAAGAGUUUCGGCGAAGACAACCUAUCCGACGACGAUCAAGACGACGACGACGACGACAACACUCCACAACAGCGUUCUGAUUCUGAGGAAAGACACGAAGACGCGGGCCGCGCUCUCGAUCAUCCCGAUAUUGCCGCUCGCCUGCUAACUCCGUCCCAUUCCGCCAAAGCACCGCCCGCCAUGUCUUCCAUAUCCGCCACGGUGAAGCCGACCGCCGUGGAAUCGCUCUCGCGCAAUGCAUCUCUGACCAACUUGGCGUCCGGGCCUGAUGGUGCACGACGGCCCCUGUCUUCGUCUCACAAUACAUUGGCGCAUACUCCGGGUACUCAGGCCCAGGCGACCUCGUCUUCGAUUGAAGGAGGCGUCUCAAAGUUCAUUAUUAAUAACAAGACUGGACCACAUGCGUUUUCUCGUACCGACUCCGACCCGAAUACUCCAUCGUCCUUCCUACCACACUAUCACCCGCAGACACCACCAUCUCCUCGCGGUACCAGCUCCAGGAAGCUACGAGCCUCCCCACCUUCAAGGCCGCAGGGUGCCGAGCCACAUUCCCGUACGCAGCAAAAGCUUUGGUUGCAACGUACUGCGGCGCUCAACACGUCACCGCCUGACAACCAUGGCGUUGCUGCAACGGUCUCUCCUUCAGCCAUAGAUCACGCAUACAUUGCUGUGACGCACGCUCGGCCGGGCGCUGGCCCAUUUGAACCCGGCAGGGCCCUUGUCAACGGGCCUUCCCGCACAGGUGGGGCCGUGCAUGACAAUGAAGUCAAGCAUAUCCGCAAAGCGUACGAGAAGACAGCGUUGGAGCUCACGGUUGUGCGAAGGUUCCAGUCUCCCACCGGUGACAGCUUCAACCGGUUGAACAUGAUCCUCAAUGAUCUCAAGGGUGGUGCUGCCAGCUCCAGCGUGGGACAAAGGUCAUCACUUGGCAAGCCGAUCAAGUCAGCACCAGCACUGACCCUCCUGCAAGAAGGCACGGGUCGCCAUAGCGCUAGCCCAGAGCCCAGACAGCUCAUCGGCAAAAGGGAUCACGACAUGCACACCUCAGUCUCCCAGGCCUACCUCCAAGACCCAGACGAUCUUGUGAAUGAAUCCGAUGCAGCCCAGGGACAGAAAUCUCAACACCCGUCCCAUCGCAUACUCUCCACAUCCGACGAACCUGUCCAUGGCAGUUCAGCCCCGGAGGACAUCACUGAAGACACUCUUCGUGCUAAUGAAGCGGAGAUGAUGAUCCGUCGCAUGUGGGAUAGUCGCGAAGUGGCCACCGCCGGCUAAUUGUACAACACCUUCCCAUCCCACCCUUCUGUUUACUCUUUACCGCUGUCGUUCACUGUGUUCCUGGUUAUUCUUUAUUAGCAACCAUGGCGUUCGGUUCUAUUCGAUGUAGCGCUAAAGGUCGUUUCGGAGUCACAUAUUCUUCUGCGUAAAUGGCGUCAUGAUGAGAUAUCACCCUGGGAUGUUCUAUGCUGUUGCUUAUGCCUUUCCCUUUUACUUGCUUUCUCUUCUCGCUUCUCCAUUUUAGCCUCCUUCCUUCUCUGUCUAUCUUGUGUGCUACGAUUAUAGAUACUCUUUACGUAAUAGUGUAAUCAAUUGUUCUAACAA